AUGCACUCUUCCAGCGACUUUUUGUCAACCUCUUGGGAGCUUAUGGUGCUCGUGGACAACUCCAAUGGAGAAGAGCUGAAAGCAGUCUCGCUGAGAGUGUCGGGAGAUCUGCAUGUGGGAGGAGUGAUGCUCAAGUUAGUAGAAAAAAUCAACAUAUCCCAAGACUGGUCAGACUUUGCCCUUUGGUGGGAACAGAAGCGCUGCUGGCUUCUGAAAACUCACUGGACACUGGACAAAUGUGGAGUUCAGGCGGAUGCAAAACUCCUCUUCACCCCUCAACAUAAAAUGCUUCGCCUUCGCCUGCCAAAUGUGAAGACGGUGCGAUUACGCGUCAGCUUCUCCGCCGUGGUUUUUAAAGCUGUCAGUGAUAUCUGCAAAACCCUGAAUAUUAGAAGAUCGGAAGAACUUUCUUUGUUAAAGCCUUCUGGUGAUUAUUUUAAAAAGAAGAAGAAAAAAGACAAAAAUAAUAAGGAGCCCAUCAUUGAAGAUGUUUUGAACUUGGAGAGUUCUCCAACAAUUUCAGGUUCACCAGUAAGUCCUGGUUUAUAUAGUAAAACCAUGACACCUACCUAUGACCCGGUCAAUGGAACACCUGCAUCAUCCACCAUGACUUGGUUCAGUGACAGUCCCUUGACAGAACAAAACUGCAACAUCCUCGCGUUCAGCCAACCUCCCCAGUCCCCAGAAGCACUUGCCGAAAUGUUCCAGCCUCGGUCUCUGAUUGACAAAGCCAAGCUCAAUGCCGGUUGGCUGGACUCUUCACGUUCCCUUAUGGAGCAAGGCAUCCAGGAGGAUGAGCAGCUACUCUUACGAUUUAAAUACUACACCUUCUUUGACUUGAAUCCCAAAUAUGAUGCUGUUCGAAUUAACCAACUCUAUGAGCAAGCACGGUGGGCCAUUGUCUUGGAAGAAAUCGACUGUACAGAGGAAGAAAUGUUGAUCUUUGCAGCACUACAGUACCACAUCAGCAAGCUGUCACUGUCAGCAGAAACACAAGAUUUUACCCAAGAGCCCGAAGUCGAUGAAGUGGAAGCCGCACUUUCUAACUUGGAAGUUGCACUGGAAGGUGGCAAAGCAGACAGCACUUUGGAGGACAUUACUGAUAUUCCUAAACUUGCAGAUAAUCUCAGAUUAUUUAGGCCAAAGAAGCUAAUGUUAAAAGCCUUCAAACAAUAUUGGUUUGUCUUUAAAGAUACAUCCAUUGCCUACUUUAAAAAUAAGGAACUUGAGCAAGGAGAACCCAUAGAAAGACUAAAUCUUAGAGGCUGUGAAGUUGUGCCAGAUGUGAAUGUAUCAGGGAGAAAAUUUGGAAUCAAAUUAUUAAUCCCUGUUGCUGAUGGUAUGAAUGAAGUUUAUCUGAGAUGUGAUCACGAGGAUCAAUAUGCCCAGUGGAUGGCUGCGUGUAUCUUGGCAUCAAAGGGAAAAACCAUGGCAGACAGCUCCUACCAGCCAGAGGUCCUCAACAUUCUCUCCUUUCUAAAGAUGAAAAACCGGAACUCAACUUCUCAGGUGACGUCUAGUCUCGAAAACCUGGACAUGAACCCAGAAUGCUUUGUGUCACCUCGGUGUGCCAAAAAACACAAGUCUAAACAGCUCGCAGCCCGGAUUCUUGAAGCCCACCAGAACGUGGCCCAGAUGCCGCUGGUGGAAGCCAAGUUGCGAUUCAUCCAGGCGUGGCAGUCUCUACCUGAAUUUGGCCUCACCUACUACCUCGUCAGAUUUAAAGGAAGCAAGAAAGAUGACAUUCUAGGAGUUUCAUAUAACAGGUUGAUUAGAAUCGACGUCGUCACAGGGGUUCCAAUUACAACAUGGAGAUUCACAAACAUGAAGCAGUGGAAUGUAAAUUGGGAAAUCCGGCAGGUGGCGAUCGAGUUCGACCAGAACGUGUCCAUCGCCUUCACCUGCCUGAGCGCCGACUGCAAGGUCGUUCAUGAGUACAUCGGGGGCUACAUUUUCCUGUCCACUCGCUCCAAGGACCAGAACGAAACCCUGGAUGAAGACCUGUUCCACAAGUUGACAGGGGGCCAGGAGUGA